GUAUGAUUAUAAUCAUUAUAGAAAAUGCCAUGGCUGAGUUAGGGAGGCUGCUUAUGUAUGAAGCAUCAAGGGAUUGGCUGCCUACUAUAACAGGGGAGAUUCAGUCACCAAUGGGUGUUGCCUCUGUAGAAUUUAUUGAUCCAAGGGAACCAGUUGCGAUUGUUCCUAUCUUGAGAGCUAGUCUUGCUCUAGCAGAACAUGCAUCAUCAACUGAUAUGGUAAACUGGGAUCACUGGUGGAGCUUGAAGUUACUCUCAAGGUAAUUGAAACUCUUGUUGCAAAUCACUGAUCUGCUAUAGAGAGAGGUCACUAUGACAUAGUUUUAUUUUGAUUAUUUCAAGCUAAACUAACACAUUGAAGUGCAUUAAAUUUUCAGAUCAAGUUUGAUAUAUGUUUUUGCAGAUUUUGUUGAGGGAAUAGUUGAUAUGAUCGAGCCGUUGAUGUUGGGAGCCAAAGAUUAUGUUGUUUUCUUU